AUGAAACGCUGCGCUGCCGAAUGUACCAUUGAUCUGAAUACAGAGGAUUACAUGGAAUGUACACGGUGCAGGGAUGCUUACCAUUACGUUUGCCUGAACCUGUCUCCUACGGAGGUCGCAUCUCUGGACCAGGAUAUUAAGCGUAGCUGGUCAUGCCCCAGAUGUUUCAGUAAGCAGCCGAAGGGAGGAAAUAUUGACCUACCAGUGCGCCCAUCAACUCCAACUUCCACCGCAGACGUAACAUUUAAUGUCACGCGUCGCAAAGUGCAACAAAGGCCGGAAUCGUUACAAAUGACUACCCAACACUCAGAUUUCGUCUUGCGUACCGAGCUAAGGGAAUUAAUACGGGAAGAAAUGCGUAAUGUUGUGAAGGAGUGUAUCACUGACCUUAAUAUCACAUUGAAAGAGAACCUGCAAGCUAUGCGUGAACAGAUUAGUAGUUUUAAGGAUUCCCUAAACUUCAUGAGCGAUCAGUAUGAUAACCUGCAUAAGACGGUGGAAGAAUGUCGAACCAAUCUCAUAUCUUUGAGUAAGGAAAAUGAAAGUCUGCGGUCCGAUAAUAUAAAGCUUUCAAACAAAUUGUCAUUACUAGAUCAGGAUUUUAGCCAGCAGCAUGCGUCAUCCAUCACGGAAUCUAACAAACAAGGCUUCACCCAUUACGGGAUCUUAGCCAACACAAAGGCAUCACCACCAUCGGAUCUAGCCAACACAAGGCGUCACCCAUCACGGGAUCUAGCCAACACAAGGCAUCACCCAUCACGGGAUCUAGCCUCCAAGACCAGGUAA